AUUUCAUAAUCAUAAUACUGUAGUCAUAGAGAUUUUAGUUUGCUGGUAUUUGUUCAUUUACAUAAAUUUUGAAUACUAUUGCCCUUUUUGUAUUCAAAAUUAAAAAUUAAAUAAUAAUAUUAUCUCCCCUGCGAUGGAUUUAGGAGGAGAAGAGUGUGGAAGCCACAGUGGAUCCAGUCCAAUCCAGAUGCAGCCAGACUACUUGGAUGGUCAAGGUCAAGACAUCUCAAGGUCAAUGCCUCAUUCACAACAUCAAGGACCAGACAUGGACAACUGUGAUUGGCCAAUCCAUGAACCAGAUCAACAUCAAGACACCAUUGAAGAUAAGCAUCACAUCCAACUCAAUGUGGAUAAUCAAAGUGUAUACUUGGCCCACAACUACACAAAACAUCCUAUUGAAAUGAUUUGGCUCAAAUCAGAGGAACUAAUCCAAGAAGAUGAUGAUGAAGAAGAAGAAGAAGAACAACAACAACAACACAAACAACAACAAUGUGGAGUAGAAGUUGAAGUGGGAAGUGGAGAAAUAAAGCAAGAGAGUGACACCUGUCUGCAGAUUGAAAGCAUCUAUUCUCUCUCCUCAGAUAGACUGAAUUCUGACCUCUCUGUUGUUGAAAAAAUUAAAUUUGAAACUGGGGAAAUUAAGGAGGAACAACAAUCUUUUGAAACAGACCAUUCAGAUACAUUGAUGCUAAUUGAAGAUAAUUCUCCUGAUGUAGUAUUUGAGAAUUAUGAAAGUGGAAGUGUAUCAACUGGACUGUGUAUACCAUACUUUGAGGAAAGAGAUGGUUCAAGCUCCCAUAGGUCUGUUGAUGCAACUCCUGGAAACUCUAUGAUGGAAGAUUCUGAAACAAUUGGCAAUGAGGUGGACUUACUAAUCGAAAAUGCAAGGAAGAAUGUGAUUGAUGCAGCAAGUGAUAGUGAAUUAACAAUGUGUCAGUUGUGUGGUGAAUCAUUCAGCAGCACUAGACAAUUGAAUCUUCGUAGUAGAAUACACACAUCUGGAAAACAUGCUUGCAAAUUCUGUAAUUACAAAACAACACAUAAGUCAAGUUUCAUCCGGCAUCAAAGGACACACACAGGAGAAAGACCCUUCAGCUGUGAUUUGUGUGACUUCAAAGCAAUACAGAAAACACAUCUUAUCAAACAUUUAAAGUCACACACAGGAGAAAGACCCUUCAGCUGUGAUUUGUGUGACUACAAAGCAAUACACAAAUCAAAUCUUAUUAGACAUUUGAAGUCACACACAGGAGAAAGACCCUUCAGCUGUGAUUUGUGUGACUACAAAGCAACACGGAAAUCAGAUCUCAUCAGACAUUUGAAGUCACACACAGGAGAAAGACCCUUCAGCUGUGAUUUGUGUGACUACAAAGCAAUACACAAAUCUAAUCUUAUUAGACAUUUGAAGUCACACACAGGAGAAAGACCCUUCAGCUGUGAUUUGUGUGACUACAAAGCAACACAGAAAUCAAAUCUUAUUAGUCAUUUAAAGUUACAUAAAGGAGAAAGACCCUUCAGCUGUGAUUUGUGUGACUACAAAGCAAUACACAAAUCAAAUCUUAUUAGACAUUUAAAGUCACACACAGGAGAAAGACCCUUCAGCUGUGAUUUGUGUGACUACAAAGCAAUACACAAAUCUAAUCUUAUUAGACAUUUGAAGUCACACACAGGAGAAAGACACUUCAGCUGUGAUUUGUGUGACUACAAAGCAAUACACAAAUCUAAUCUUAUUAGACAUUUGAAGUCACACACAGGAGAAAGACACUUCAGCUGUGAAUAUUGUGACUACAAAGCAACAGGGAAAUCAAGUCUCAUCACUCAUCUAAGGACACACACAGGAGAAAGACCCUUCAGCUGUGAUCUGUGUGACUACAAAGCAACACGAAAAUCAACUCUCAUCCGUCAUCUAAUGACACACACAGGAGAAAGACCCUUCAGCUGUAAUUUGUGUGACUACAAAACAACACGUAAAUCAGAUCUUAUCAGACAUUCAAAGUCACACACUGGAGAAAAAUGCCUCUUGCGGUAAUUUCUGUGAAUAUGAAUCAAUAUAACAUAACAUAUACAUAAUUAUUAUAUUAUACAUACAAAAGUUGCUAAUACUAAACUUGGUCCUAAUUAUGAUAUCCCACUAUAAUAAUAAGUUGUAGUUGGGGUGAUCAUAAUAAUUUUCUAAAACAUGUAUAAAAAUUUAUUUAAUAAUUUCAGUUAUAAAGGUUAGGUAGAAUAAUAUAAUACUUAUAGAUAUAUUAUAAAAAGAUGACAGUAGUUUAUCCUAUAUUCUAUUUACAAUGAGCUCCUCGGUCUGGUAAAUUCCAGUAUCAUGUAACCAAUUCUGUACUGCUCUCAGAGUAAUGACAAUCAGAGAAAUUAUUAUUACUAGUAGUUCUGUGAACAGUAGACCUCACACAGUAUUCUCAUCCACAAGUACCUGAUGUCACUUGUUUUAAAUGUUAACAAACUCAUUUCACAUUUGAAUUUGUA